AUGUCUGUGAGAGAUACUCGAGCAUUGAGCGUGGACGAGGAACCGUCCGUCGAGGAGACACCAUCCCAGGACUGGAUUGACGAUGCUGAUAAGAAACAACACAUUGUGGCUAAUGUUGAAGCUAUAAGCGAUUCAGAAGCAGAAGACUUUUCUGACAUUGACGAUAAAAAGUUGCUUUGGAAAAUGGACCUUAGGCUUCUUCCUCUUUUCACGAUCCUUUACUUGCUCAGUUUCUUGGACAGAGGUAACAUUGCCAACGCCAAAAUCGAAGGCCUUGCAGAAGACUUGAGGUUGCAAGGAACCCAGUACAAUAUGUGCUUGACAAUCUUCUUCAUCUUCUACUCCACCAUGGAAAUCCCUUCCAACAUGAUCUUGCACCGCACGAAGCCAAGGUUAUUUAUCCCCACGACGAUGGUGAUCUGGUCCAUUGUGAUGACACUUAUGGGCACGGUUAGAAACUACGACCAGCUCUUGGCGACCCGAGCGCUUUUGGGGAUUUUUGAAGCCCCUCUCUUCCCUGGCAUUUCGUAUAUCUUGUCUAUGUACUACAAGAAGUCAGAGAUUCUUGUGAGACAGGCUAUCUUCUUUAGUGCUGCUUCUGUCGCUGGAGCGUUUUCUGGGCUUUUGGCUGCUGCCAUUUCUCAAAUGGACGGCGUGGGAGGCUACGAAGGCUGGAGAUGGAUCUUUAUCAUUGAAGGUUUGCUUACGUUUGUGGUGGGCUUGUUCUCGUACCUCUGCUUUCCUCAGUACCCUCAGGAUAGUACGUUCCUUACGCCCAAAGAACGUCGUUAUGUUGUUCACAGAGUGAAGUACUCCUCCAAUGCAGAAAACCAGAAGAUGCUUGGUGGAGAGGUUGCCUUGGAGAAGUCAGUAGGCGAAGAUAACCUGGGAAGCCGUCUGUACAUGUGGGCAGCGUUCAAGGACUGGCAAGUGUGGGUUCAGCUUUUCAUCUGCUGGGGUAUCCUUGUACCGCUUUAUGGAAUUGCUUUAUUUGCACCCACAGUCAUUUACAGCUUGGGUUACACUUCAACUCAAGCACAGCUUAUGUCUGCACCUCCAUUCAUUUGUGGUGCCAUUAUUUGUGUUUUGAUGGCAUGGUGUUCUGACAGAGUAGGCUACAGAUCACCGUUCAUGAUAACGAGCUUGCUCUGUGUGGCUAUAGGGUUCAUUGUGUGUUUGGCUUUCUCUCCAGUUACCCAGCCCAAGUCCAUUUAUGGUGGAAUGUAUGUCUUGGCAAUUGGAGCUGCUGGGUUCCCUAUGACUGUCAUUUGGCUUGCAAACAACUUGGCUGGUACGUAUAAAAGAGCUAUUGGCAUGGCUGUGCAAAUUGGGCUUGGAAACUUUGCAGGUGCUUUUGCUUCCAACUUCUACAGAGACCAAGAUAGACCACACUUUACGCUUGGCCAUUCGUUGGAGCUUGGGUUUGCGUGUAUGGGUAUUAUUGCUUCUUUAAUUGCCUUAUCUGGGUACUUGAUCAGCAAUAAGAAAAAGAGAGCAGAUCUUGCUGCUGGAAAGUACGACGACGUUGAUCCUCAGGAGCUUGUUAGCAUGGGAGACAAGAUUCUGUUGGAUAGCUUGUGUGAAGAUUAUAAGCUUUAUAUCGACCCAGAAGCUAUAGCGGGCGAUAUUGAGCUCAAAGUGGGUCUAUUGAGUUACUGA